AUGUCUGCUCCAUCAACGCCGCCGUCUGAGAUGCCACGGCUGAAAGACUCAAGGUUUAAGCACACAGGAACUUCUUGUGAGCGGGCAGAUUCCUAUCGACCUGGCGGUUUUCACCCCGUUCAUCUCCAGGACGUGCUAAACUCACGCUACCGCGUGAUAAGGAAGCUGGGAUAUGGCUCAUUCGCGACUGUCUGGCUCGCAGUGGAUUCUAUUCACGCUGCCAACGUGGAUGUGUCCAAGGAGCUAUCGAUCCAACACCAUCUCUCCGCCAACUCAAAAGACUCUUGUUCGAACUUCGUCCUCUUGUUGCUAGACUCCUUCAUAUUCGAAGGCCCUAACGGCAGGCAUUAUUGUUUUGUCACUGAGCCUAUGGGUCCAAGUGUCUCGGCUGUUUUGGGGGCACCUCUUGAGUUCUAUGACCCCGUUAACCCUUCAAGUCAUAGGUUCCCUACGUUACAGACCAGAAACUUUCUUAGAAAUAUCUUGACCGGGCUAGGAUUUAUUCACGGCAAUCAUAUCGUCCACAGUGAUCUACAUUCAGGAAACCUCUUGUUUUCUCUCAAAGGAUUAACCGCCCUCAACCCUCAAGAAUUAGAGCAGAACGAAACGAAUUCGAAGCUUGAUCCAUUGCUACGGAUCGAUGGGAAAGUCGAUCGAUGGGCCCCAAAGUACCUCGCAGUUCCAAAGCCGCUCGUUGAAGAGGCUUUUCUAAUGCUUUUACUGACUCAAGCAUAUAUUAAAGCUUUCUGGAUUAAUAAUCCCCCAGAAUCUAUCGUGACCCCGCUCACUCUCAGAGCGCCAGAGACCAUUUUCCACUGCGGAGUCGGCCCUGCCAUCGACAUCUGGAGCUUUGGGUGUCUUAUCUUUGAGCUACUAACCGACUACCCCCUGUUCGAGGUGUUUACGUUCCGCCGCCAGAAAGACGCUAUCGACGAUGACCAUCUGAUACAGCUAUCGGAAAUUAUCGGCCUUCUGCCGAAAGACAUGCGAGUACAAUGGUCCAGGUCUAGUCUGUAUUUCGGCCCAGACGGAGAACGGCUCGCCACAUGUCCUUCAAGCUUUGACAAGUCCUCGGACCCUGGUUCGCCGAUGCCCUUUCCUUCAUUGGAGGACAAGUUCCACGAGUACAAACCAGCCGAUAUCAACGACGCGGAAGUCAAAGAGAUCGUGUCUCCGCUGAGAGAUAUUCUCCAGAUUGAUCCACGAAACCGACCCUCUGCUUCUCAGUUACUGAAACAACCAUGGUUCCGCGUCGAAUGAUCAUGAUACCUACGUGUGAUCGAUGGCACGAAGGCGUCGCACUCGCUCUUUCGGUCGGGAUACAGCAUGGAUAUAGUUUCGGUCAGAGAACUGGGGAGCAGUGGAAGGGUUGCAAGAUGGAGUGAGGGAGUUGCAUUCGCAACACACAAGCUGCUUGAGCGCAGCGUAGAGAGAAAGGUAUGGAUGGGGUCUUGCAAAGGUUGACCCCUUAAACACUUGCCUACC